AGAUAAUUAAUUAGAGCAAUGGAAUAUGUUAUAUCCUUAAGCUCAAGCCUUAGCAUUUCCAAGCCAUUUCAUUUCUUUCCACUCUCAAAUAAACACCAAAGACAUCCUCGUAUGAAGUUUGGUGUUUCAUGCAGAGCCACAAAGCUUUCGGGUGUGGAUGAGACCAGCCACGUGAACUUCUACAAGAUAUUGUGUUUGAGUCCCAAAAGUGCAACCAUGGAUGACAUAAAGAGAGCUUAUAGAUCAAUGGCGCUUCUGUACCAUCCUGAUGUGUGUCAAGAUCGUUCCAAGAAAGAGGAAUCAACGAGGAUGUUUGUGCAGCUCAACGCAGCUUACAAGACUUUGUCGAAUCCCAAGCUUCGAGCAGAUUAUGAUUAUGAUUUGGGUUUGAGAAGCAAAAUGAGUGCUAGUGAUGAGAGUUGGAGAUGUAGGUGGCAGGAACAAAUGGUUGAGUUGAAGAGAAGAUCUCAUAGACGUAUGGCUCAAAAGGGUGGAGGAUCAUGGGGCAGUAGAAUGAGGGCGCAAAACAUGAAAGACCACACAUCUAGUUAA